AAGAAGACAUUUUGUGGAAAGACAGCGUAGAGAGGAUACACACAUACACACGGCGCGGGGUUUUUUAGGAUUAAACAUAUUUUCCUGUUGUUUGGACGGUUUAAUACAUUUAAUGAAGAGUAGUAGGUUUUUUAAUUGAAGCUCUUAGGUUAAACAGAUUGAACGCUAGCAAGCUAGUUUUGUCAGUUUGGCGUUGGCAAUAACAUUCAUCGAUUAGCUUAGCUUUAGCACACUCGCCUCCGCAUUGCUGGGCUAGCAAGCACAAAGCUAAGCUAAGCUAAGCUAGCACAGGCACGGCAUUUAGCUAACCGGCUAAAUCUCUUCUUUUUUCCCAACUACAGAGAUAGAAUGGCGUUGAAACGAAUUCACAAGGAGCUGACCGAUCUGGGUCGGGAUCCUCCAGCACAGUGUUCUGCAGGGCCGGUGGGUGAUGACUUGUUUCAUUGGCAAGCCACAAUUAUGGGACCUAACGACAGUCCAUACCAGGGUGGUGUGUUUUUCUUGACCAUUCAUUUCCCUACAGAUUACCCUUUCAAACCGCCUAAGGUUGCGUUCACCACAAGAAUUUAUCACCCAAAUAUUAACAGUAAUGGCAGCAUCUGUUUGGAUAUUCUAAGAUCACAGUGGUCACCAGCAUUAACUAUUUCUAAAGUUCUCUUGUCCAUCUGCUCUCUGUUAUGUGACCCGAACCCAGACGACCCGCUAGUGCCAGAGAUAGCGCGCAUAUAUAAAACAGACAACGAAAAGUACAACAGAAUAGCUCGGGAAUGGACCCAAAAGUACGCCAUGUGAUAACUGAACAAACAUCGCCCCAACAAAUCUGCAUUAUAGCUGGAACAACAUUCUCCAAAUGGCUCCUUCGAUUUUACCCCACCCCCCACCCCCCUUUCCCUUAAUGCUCUCCUUCCCUCUUUCAGCGAAUUUGGCACUUUUCCCCCUCUCUCAGAGCAAAUUAUUUUUCGUCCACAUGUUUCGUGCCCCUUUUGAAAUUCCCAUGUGCUGCAAACACGUCACUUUUUAUUCUCCAUUACAAAUAAAUAAAAAUAAAAAACAAAAAUAAUCCAGGCUGAACUCUGAAGCAUGUGUCAAGGACUCCAGCCCACAGAUUUAAAGAAAGCAAAUAAAGAGCGCUUUAUUAACUCACGCCACACAUUGGAGGUGCUAUUGAGAAGAAAAUAAAGACAUAAAUCCAUAAAAAAACAAACAAAAAAAAAAAAAACAAUACGGUCCUUCAUGAGCGGUCUGUUUGCGUCGGCCUUCGCGUUUUUUAUAAGCUUUUACGAUAGCGGUUCCAGUCUGUGAAAUACGAGUAUAUAAUUAGUCCAUGAACAGUUAAGAUGAAUAUGAAACCUACUUCCUGCAUGUUAACUGCGAUUCGGUGGUGCUGAAAAAAAAAAAAAGAAAAACGCCGCCGGUGUUAAUCACGCGCGUGUCCACCUGUACGAGGAGUCUGAGGACUUGAAUUUGUUACUUCUGUAUUUUUGAUUUUUUGUCGUUUUUAGACAGAGCUAUUAGUUCAUCUCUCUUCCAACUACACUGUUCGCUUGUUGCACUGAUUCAAAGCUCUCGAUGGACGACCGGUCAACUAAUAGCUCUACUAGCUGUCCAUUUUUGGUUUCUCAAUAAAGUUGGUCAAAUGUAUCGGA